AUGUUGUUCGCUAGAGGCCGAUCUGCCAGUGCCGUCACCGUCAAUCUGCUGCAUCCCAUCGCGAGUAUUCACGAAGACCAUGUACGGCUAUAGGAUUUUCUUCUUUCUAAACUUUUCUUUCUCUUAAUCCUCCGAAAACAAUAGUCUUAGUCUUAUAUUCGGCUGUCGUUCUUCCAAGUUCGUUUUGAAAAAAGCCGAAUCGUGCAUGUUGCGUUAAGUAUUCAGCCAAAUGCUCUCUCAGUUUCCAUUAAGACUGCAGUCCGUCUUUUUAUUUUUUCAGUAACGACCACAUGCUUUUAACCACUCUGAAGUCCCAUGUAAGUUUACGCCAAAAUUUAGCUUUCAACGUUUCAAUUUUUCUUUCAAGUAAUUUCGUAUCGUGUACUUGAAUUUUUUUCGGUUAGCUCCAUUUUUUUUUGGCAGGCGAACGACUCUAUUGCAAAAAUUAACUUUUUUGAAGGGUUAGAUAUACUUUUUAGACAUAAGGUUAAGAUAGAAUGUCGGUCUUACUCACGUUUUCAUAUUUGGGAGUUCGAUGAAAGCCAUGAGAAGCUGGCAUCUUGAUUGGGGCCAUUCUCAUUUGUUGAAAAGCUUGACGCCCAGCAAUUCGCUCGUCCCGAGUUUCCAUUACCACAUUGAGCAACUUCUUCUCUCACCCUCUGCCAACAAUUCAUUCGAUAGACAAAAAGGAACUAUGCCAAAUGCAGACUUUUACGUCUUUGACGUUCCUUAUCCAGUGGUCCGUAACUGUCACAGAUCUAGCGUCUCAUUUUCAAGUCUGGUAAGGUAUUUAGGUUUAGCCACUGAUAAUAUAGAAAUAUUAAAAGGGUGAAAAUUUUGUCAUUCUGUCGAAAAGAUCUUUAUUCAUACAUAGGUGAGUUCAUUUUCGGAAUAGAUAGAGAGAGAGAAAGGCGGAAAGAACUUGAAAAAUAUAUUGAGAGAUUUUUAAUGAAACUUAUAUGCUGAGGGAUGUUAAGAAAACUCGUUUUUAAUAUGCAUUUUUUUAUUUUCAACUAUGUCUUUUUGCUCUUUGAGAAAUACUUUGAGCAUAAAGAUAUUAGCUGCCCAUCAAAAUUUCUUCUCUAUUUUUUUUUUUUGAUGUGCAUUCCGACUUCUUAGGAUCACCGUCUCUCGGUGCAAGACCCAUUGACUUCGGCGCAAGUACGGCAGAUGCUGCUGAGUAGAACAAGUGGAUCACGGACGGACAUGUCGACAGACGACGAGACGCGAAGCAGCAGCAACGCCUUCCUCGAGAAGGACUACCACGCUUUGCACCAACGCAACGGUGGGCAUCGUGGCAAGCGUCCAAGUCGUCGAAGACGCCGCAGCGAGGACCGCGCAAGCUCUAAAAGAUCGGAGAAAAGCCUGACAAUCAGCUCUCUGGCAAGCAAGGUACCUGCCGUGAGACGUCGUGAACGAUUCUUCUUGUGGACUGCUCGGAGUCGUGGCGUUCUGUGUUGGAGUUGCACUUCGUUUUGUCGCGAUAACUUUUUUUUCUGUGUCCGCAAUUAACGUUUUGCUUUUCGUCAAGUAGGGAAAUUGACAGUAUUCGAAAUGUUGAAAACUUUUCAAUACUUGUCUUCAGGAACCUACACGGUCGAGCAAUGCCACCGCUCUGGGCAAUCGGGAGAUUGUGCGCAGCCACUCGGCUCAUUCUGCAGAGAGGCAGGGCAAAGUCAAUCGCAAUAUCAACCGGUAUCAAUUAUUAUUUUUGAGCUGAGGUAGAGUCGGUUCGAAAAUUUCAGAUUCUCAAACUUUGUCAAGUCGGGAAUGGAGGCAUACCUUCUCGGAGAGACAAAAAUGUCGCAAAGUCCUUCAGAACGCCACGAAAUUGUUGUGAGUCGAAUCAAAAACUCUAUUUUCUAUUUGUUUUUUGUCUUCCAGUCUCUGAACGGCGUGAUCCAGUGGAAGCCGAUCCAGAAGCACUACAACUGCCUCGUCGACAAACCCAAGAAGGAGUCGAAGCUCAAGGGCCUCAAAAGCUUCAUCGCCUACUCUCUCGUUUCUUCUCUCACUAACAUACAGGUUGGCAAUUUUUUUUAAGAAAAAGAAAUUUGAUGCUAGUUCAUAAAACUUCCUCCUUGAUUUAUUGAAGAUUUUCCUUUGAUAGCGGAAGACUUGUUCUUUUUUUCGUUAUCGAAAAAUUUGAUUAUCCUUAUGAAACAACGAAAAACCAAUUUUCAAGGCACUUAGGAGCUAGUGAAACGAAAUCCAACUAGAAAUUUGAAAAAAAAUUUGUUUCUGUCUGUAUGAAAUUGGAAAAAGCUCUUGGAGUGAUGCAAAUGCUCUAUGGUCACAUACUUUGGUUUUUUCAAAUAGUUCUUUCCAAUUUUCUCUUGAAACAGACUCUACUGCCGAAACCAAAUCUUAAAAGUCCUUAAUGUUGAUUUUGUAGGUUUCCCGGCGCUAUAAGCACUUUGACUGGCUGCACGAGCAACUUUCGGCCAAAUACCUCCUGAUUCCUAUUCCGCCUCUGCCGGAGAAGCAGGUCGCCGGCCGCUAUGAGGAGGACCUCAUCGACCAUCGAAAGCACAUUUUGCAGCUCUGGGUCAACAAAAUCUGCCGCCAUCCGGUCCUCAGUCAAAGCGAAGUUUGAUCCCUUUUAUCAAAGUUUUUGCAUAUAAUUAAAUAUUAUAGGUGUGGCUGCACUUCAUCAGCUGCACGGAUGAGAGGGAAUGGAAGAAUGGCAAGAGGAGAGCUGAAAAGGUUUUUUCGAAGUAAAUUCCAGAUUUCAUAUUCCUUCCUAUAGGAUGAAUAUGUCGGUGGAAACUUUAUGAACUGCCUCACGAUUCCGCCGCCAGUGCUCGAAAUCUCUGUUGUGUAAGUUUUUCAUAAUUUUUUUGGCCUCAACGUCCCCCUAAAUUCGAGAUAAUUUUAUAUUCUGUAUCUUAACCUUUAAGUUUCUUUGACAAAUGAAUAUCCUGAAAAUUUCCAUUGGAAUGAUAGCAUUUUAGAAAACCUUCGAUACUCUGAGGGGAUUUCCAACGAUCGUCCUACAAAAAUUAUAGCUGAAGUUACUUUUUUGCUAUAAUUUUCGUUUACUUUUUAAGUGCCCCAAUACUAGAGAAAUUCAAAUAUUGUGGGCUUCUCUGGGAUGUUUUCCCUCUAGUAACCGGAUGAACCAUCUUCUUUUUUAAGUUAAUUUUCAGUUCAAUUUUCGUCGUUACAGAGAGCGACAAGUCGAGAAAUUCCAAAGAAGUGUCAAGACCUCCGAAGAUGCGAUGCGAACGAUGCAAGAACGCAUGGUUGUGUUCCAAAAGGCCUUUUCUGGGCGUGAGUUUUUGUUCAGAGUUUUCUUUGGAUCGUAGAAUUCAAGUUUCAUCUUAUUUUGAUUUGCAGCAGUCAAACAGAACUGGCAGAAGAUGGGAGUGGCUUUCAAAACUUUGCAGCAAUCAUUCGAAACUGACGAUACACCUUGUGGGUUUUUUGAAUUUUACUCUUUUUCAAAUUUGAAUUCCUUUCCUGUUUUAAAAUUUUUUCAUUAGCGACUUGGAGCAGAAAAUCCCGUUUCUUCAUCUUCUACAAGAUUAACCUAGCUUUUAAAAUAUUUUAGAAGCGUUGUUUCUUUUUUUUUUAACUUCUCUUUGCGAAAAGGAAGUCUCCUUAUUCAUACUUGAAAUACUUGUGAUUUUCAGCGAGUCGCCGCCUGACGGAGGCCUUCGCCAAUACCGCCGCCGAGUACCACGAAAUCGGAAAUCUUUUCGAUGCUCACACUAGAAAUGACAUGGAACCCGUCGUCGAGAGCCUUUUCUCCUACAAAGGAACCGUCCAGAACGUUCCUGAUAUCUUGCAUCUUCACAGGGUCUGCCCUUUGCUCUUUUUCAACGUAAUUGUGCCUGAGCUACAGCAAACACUGCAAAAGUUCCGCGACAGCGAAGGUCGACUGACGCAAGCCGAGGCAGAGAAGAUGCGUCAGCGCGUCAACGUUGCCAACUACGCCAUGUUGGCUGAGAUGAACCACCAAACUAGCGAAAAGGUCCACAAAAUCUUCAUUACCGCCUUUUUAAAUGUUGAAUUUGAGGUUGACGAACUGAAGGAGACCAUGGGCAAGUUCCUUCGUAAGCAGGCCGACUUCUACCAGGAGGUCUCCAACAAACUGCGAUCUCUCGCGUCUCGCUAUGACUGA